CAUGCAUUCCUGGGACGUUGACACCUGACAGUCGGUGACACCAGUCAAUUUAGUUGAAAGUACAAAUAUCGCAAUGAAUUGUCCAGCUUUUCGAGAUGAACUCGGAAGCAUAAUGAGGAUUUUAUCAGAAGUGGCUGUCGAAGAGCUAGGCAGGCUGCUUGACGAAAGCUCUAGUGUGGUGUUGCCAUUGGAGAAAGCGCACCCUGGAACAACUAGCACUCUGAAGAGAGAUUUGCAAAGAGAAUUUAAAGCCAAAAUUAGGGAGUUCGCGUUGUUCAUGGAGGUCCUGAGUACAUCAGCUGCUGAUAAAGUUAUGAUGCUGACCAACACGCUGAAAUUCCAGUGGCAGGAAAGCCCAACCGACUGCGACAAUUCAAAAUCUGCCUCUGUAGAGUCAUGGUUUGAGUUUGAGGGAUAUGAUCAGGAGAGGACAAGGACAGAAAACCCUGAUCAUCAAGAAGGGACCAACGCUAACCUUCAUGUAAAGGACACAGAUUCACAGAAAACAAGUUCACUGGAGACACGCUGUAAUUCAGACAUGAUUGGGGAACAGAGGCAACGUGAUGACGCGGAUAUUGAGGCUGAACCUCAGCUACUGAGCCAUCCAACCACUCUGCACUUAACUGAUCCCCUCAAAUCUGGGUCUACAUCAGUAGAGUCAUGGUUUGAGACUGAGGCGGAUGAUCGGGAGAGGACAGGGACAGAAAACCCUGAUCAUCAAGAAAACACCAACGCUGACCUGCCUGUGGAGGACACAGAUGCACAGAAAUCCAGUUCACUGGAGACGUCAUUAUCCUGCCGAACCUGUGGGAGAACCUUUACGUCUAAACAAGGCAUAUGUGAACACCUGAAGAGACUAUGUUCAGAUGAGUCAUUCUGUUGUGAAGUAUGUGGGCUUUUAUUUAGCAGUAAAAGCAGCCUGAAAAUCCAUCAAAAUUAUCGACACGGCAGCCGCAGGGGCAGUUUUGUUUGCGACGUCUGUGACAAACGUUUUAAUGAGGCCCGUCAACUCAAAACACAUAGUUGGAUCCAUGCAGGUGCACAACCUUUUGUCUGUGAAGUCUGCGGUCGAGGUUUUAACGAUGCUAACAACUUAGAUCGUCAUCAGAAAAUCCAUACUGGACUCAAGCCGUAUGCUUGCCCUCUAUGCCCUAAGAAAUUUAGCCGGUCUGAUACACUUCAACAACACCAACAAAUGGUGCACACCGACACCAAGCCUUUUCAUUGCAGUACUUGUGGAAAGGGUUUUUCCACUCGCACUUGCUUGAAGACACACGCAUACGUCCACUCACAAACGAGACCGUUCGUUUGUGUGAUCUGUAGCAAAAGCUUUCACUCUCCUGCCUCGCUGAAACAACACAUGAUGGUGCACAGUUUUGAGCGCUCCACUCGCCCAAUCGUCCAAAACCCUGAUCAUCAGGAAGCAACCAACCUGGAGGUGUCUGUGGAGGACACGGAUGGACAGAAAUCCAAUGCACCCGAAUCAUCAUUAUCCCACCCAACCAGUCAGAGGACAUUUAUGUCUGGAGGAAGCACAAGUAAACAUGUUUGUGAUGUCUGUGGUAAAUGUUUCUGCAAUGCCUAUGUCCUCAAAGAUCAUAGCAAUAUCCACACAGGUGCACAACCUUAUAUCUGUGAUGUUUGCGGGAGAGGUUUUAACCAUAAAGCAAACUUCCGCCGUCAUAAGAAAAUCCAUACUGGACUCAAGCCGUAUGCUUGCACCCUGUGUCCUAAGAAAUUUUGCAUACCUGACGGACUUAAACAACACCUGAGUGUACAUGCUCGCACCAAGCCUUUUCAUUGCGGUAUGUGUGGUAAGAGUUUCUCCAAUCGGCCGGCCUUGAGGGCACAUUCAUACAUCCACUUAAAACCCUUUGCUUGUGUGGUCUGUGGCAAAGGCUUUCGCUCUCGUAGUGUGCUUAACCAGCACAGGAAGGUGCACAGUGUUGAACGCAGUCCUAAACAACCCAUGCAAGAAGAGCCCCCUCCCAGCGCAGUAGCAUGGACACACAAAGCUUCACAGCUGCAAAAGCAGUCCGAGGCAGCAGAGUCCUGUGUAUGAGGUCAGGGGGUUGGGGACGACAAACGGGUCACUUGUCAUAGGCCCAGGGAUCUUUUUGAGAGGGGGGCCUCUUUGCUGGGCAUGGUCAAAGCUGUCAGUGGCCCUAUAGACAUUCACACUGGUGGGGGACUCCACUCCAGUACUGCAAGACAUUCUAUCAAGCCCAGCUCCUGACGAAGCACCAGAGCAUGGACAGCAACUGACAUCUACUGUACACUCCUAUAAUGUUGCAAUGGUGUUAAGAUGUCCAAAGACCAGCCUUAUAUGCCAGGGUUUAGAUGAAGCACAUUUCAUUGUUGAAUUGAUAUCAGAGGUGAAGCUUGAAUAUUCUUUUCCCUUUGAGAGAAGGAUUGUUUUGGUUGGUUGGUUGGUUGGUUCUAAGUAAAAACCUGGAAUUAAACAUAAAGGUGUAUUUUUUUAA